AUGGAGGUAACGCCAGAUGCAGGUCACCAGUUGGCGGACGCAGCCCUGACGCUCGCGAAGCAGUUCCCACACUGGAAGCAGCCCUUGGCAGCCGCUGAGUUUGCGAGAAGGCCAGAUCUUCUCAAGGUGGAUAUCGAUCAGGCCGAUUGCGAAGUCUUAUGUCCUUUGCUGGAAAUUUUCGAGCCGCUAGUGCUACAUCUUGAGAUCAAUCCUUUGUUUCCGCCACCUGUUGUCUACCGAGAACAUUGGCGUGGAAGGAAUUCCACGCUGCCAUUGGAGACGUCUCACCACUUGAUCGGCUGCUCGUUGCAAGCCAUGAUCGAGUGUACCCGCAGACGUUGGGGUGCUCGAGCGGAGCCAGAAGCUUAUUGGCUUCACCAUGUGGAGUUUGAAAACGCGGUGCUGGUCCAUCCAGAUGCCGUCAGUGUGCUGCCACAGUUCCAGCAAUCUCCGCCAUCUCAAAGUGAUGCUGAGAUCCUGGAUUUGUAUGUGGCCGGUUAUUUUUGUCAUCCCCUGCGUGGAAUUCUCUCCAUGCGCGAAACUCUGGCAGAGUAUGACUUCCGCGCAUGGAUGGAUCCUUCGCUAUCCCUGAAGCAGAAAGGGGGGCGGAUGUGGAGAUUCUUGCAGCGCGAAUGGAAGAAAGUGAUGCCCAAGCUACCGAAGAGCGAGGCGUUGCCACGGCGGCUUCCCUACACUUUGAGCUGGGAGAAAAAAG